AUAACAAAUUCAAUCAUUUUCCACCGUCUGAUUAAUUAUAUAUGUAUCGGUCGUUUAUUCUCUCUCCUCAACGAGCUACUGUAGAGAGAGAGAGAGAGAGCUGUGAGAGAUGGAUACCAAGAGAUGCAAAAGCAUUGAUGUGAUGAUUUCAGGGAUGGACGGUUCAGAAUCGCAUGGCGGUGUGCGGCGGAGUAGAGGUACGGAGGUUACCACCUCCGGUUCCGGCAAGAGAAGAAGAAGAUUUGAUCCUCGAGAUCAGGAGAGUGUUGAGCUGAAAAUUCAGUGCCGAAGUGGAGUCGACGUGAAUUUCAUGGAGGAUGUUGUUUCUUCGACGGAAUCUGGCAGUUGUGAUCGUGCUUUGUCGCCAAAGCAGGAAUUGAGCUUAGAUCUGAAGGCCGAGCUUCGUUUCGAAACCGAGACCUCCAUGUCCAGCAAUGACGAUUUCAGUAGAGAGACGAGUUCAUCAAGUGAGAUUUGUUUAGAUUCUGAAUAUAUGGAGUCCUCAUCAACGUUGAAAAACAAGACGGCAGCACCACAGGCAACUAUUUCCCGUCCUAAACCAGCAACGGCAUCAAUUACUCCUAUGGCGGCGGAGAUUGAAGAGUUUUUCUCCGCAGCAGAAAAAAAAGAUAAAGAACGAUUCACGGACAAGUACAAUUAUGAUAUCGUGAACGACGUUCCAAUGGAGGGUAGGUACCAGUGGGUUCGAUUAAAGCCAUAAUUGUCCGAUCAAGCAGGUGAAAACUCGGCUAAAGUGACCAUAUGAAGCAUCCAUCUUCUUCCUCUUCAUUAACUGUUGUUAAUAAUUCUUGCAAGCAUUUCCUUACCUUCACUAAUUUGUCUAUGUUACUUUUCUUAGGUUAUGCCAGUGAUACAGUUAAGGAAAUCUUGUGUUCAGUCUAUAUGUAUAGGCACAUCAAUUCCUAACUAUAUGUAAACGGGUUUUUAUUUCCUUGAUUUGUGUACUACGCCAUUUGGAAGCU